AUGGCCACCCCUACCCUUCUGGGUCUGCCGUUCGAGACGCUCUCCCAAAUCCUGGACGACGGGAGUCUGUCGCGGGACGACUGGAAAAGAGUUCGAAAAACAUGCCGUGGCUUUGACCGUGUCGCCGCAUCCCUUCUCUUUCGCCGGGUCCAGAUGUCUCGCCUGAAGGAGGACAUAGAUACCCUCGAGAACAUCGCCGCGCACCAACACCUUGCAGAACACGUGAAGCAGCUGAUAUGGUACGAGCUGAGCCUCGAAUCAUGGAGCAUGGCCAAGGUGCUGGAAGCGCGGGUGGGAGUACCCAACGAAACGUUGGAAAUGCUGCCGGAUGAUGAGCACGCAGCGAUCACGCAGCUGAUGAACGAGGCCGCCGCCGACGCGGCCUUGUUCUGGAUCCCGCGAUACGAACCGUCCCCAGCCCUGCCCGAUCCAGACGGCCCCGAUCCAGACGGCUCUGAUUCAGUCGGCUCCGAUCAAGACUAUCGCCAAACCAUCGACGCCCUACGGCCGCGGUUCGAGUCGGCUCUUGACCGGAUGCCCGAACUCAGCACCUUCUUGUCUUCUCCUAUGGCCGAGGAUCGCACCUUUAUGUACAAGGGCUAUGGACUACGGGCGGAACUGUAUCGCACCAACGAUGACUCUAGCGUUGCCUACGUGAACCAAGGUCUCUUCAAGUUCAUGCUACCGGCAAUGAGCCGUCCCGAAUCUGACCUAUCGGAUACUGUCAAACGUCCCAAGAUUCUUAACCUGUGCUGGGCCGAUGAGAGAAGCCACACGGCCACCACGACGCGUCUCAGUCCAACCGCGUUCAAUGCUUUCAAGGCUCUGACAUCCAUCAAUCUGUGCCUCAGUCUAUUCGAGCACGUACCAGGCGUUAAAGCUGAAGAUACUCUAUCUCGCCUCGUCGAGUGUUUGAAUGCAGCGACCAAGCUGCAACACCUCGGAUUAUGUCUUGAAAGGGAGGAUUACGGCUCGCGCCCAUCGCUGAUACUGCCGCAAGCCAUCCUGCGUUGGUGUCGAUGGCCCAAACUCACUUCCAUGCAGAUAGCCAGCAUCUGCUUACGGGGUAUGCCAUGCUUCUUGAAUUUUCUGCAAUACCACGCUGAGGGCCUGACAAGUCUGACCCUGCACGAUUGCAGCACGAACGUUCAGCUGGUUCACGGAAUGAGAGACCUCGAGUGCCUCCAUCUCCACUCCUUUCGUGUAAUGGUUCCCUUGGACGCCCCCGGCAGGGUCAUGGGGGUGCCCGAGAGAGACAUGCUUGCCUUCGUCAACAGGCAUGAGUCUGACCGCCCAUUCCCACUCUUCCACCACGAAGAAAUGCGGACUCUGGUAGCAACCAAAAUGUACAGUGUACUACCACAGAAAUGGUGCAUAGGUUCUUGCUUCGAUGCGAAGCUCAACCCUCUUAAAUACGAACGGUUAGUGGGUAGGGCGGACGACACGAGCGACGACGUCAUGAGCGACGCGGACAUGGACGACACGGACACGAGCGACGCGGACAUGAACGACGACUACAUUGACGACGACGACACGUCCGAUAAAGUACGGAAUAGCAGCCUAUGGAGGGAUGGUCUGGCGACUACGUACUGGGCCUGGGACCAUUUUGAAGACGGCACGUACUACUGGGAAAUGGCUGCAGAAGACGCCGCCUACGCUAUGGCCAAGUCGUCAACCUGGGCUUUCACGAGGCGCGACGGCGCAACCGUCGAGGGCGACGAUCCCCUUGAGUUUUUCUCUGACUGGGACAGCGACGCUGGCGACGACGCCACACCGGCACCGAAAUUGCCUAUCGACACAUACGCGGAAGAGCGGGAAAUAAACAGAGGAACGCCGCCGCAGGGAGCCGUCUUCUAUUCAUGCCGCCCCCCGAAUUUCUUGGAAUUUUGGGGGCGGCAUGGCAGGUGA